UUCUUCAAAUUUCUUCACCAUCUUCAUCAAAACAAAACGGCAUCCAUAAAAGAUAUUGGCAAGGCUUACAAAAACCUUGUUAUUAAAUGGAAUCAUGAUAAAAAUAAUUUCAAGCAUGAUUUUUCCUCCAAAUUUCAAGAUAACACUCAAAGUUAUAAGAAUUCUAAUGACAAAAAACAAGAAGGGAGUUGGAAUACUCCAACAACUUCUGCAAAAAAAGGAAGUUUUCAUCAUAAACGCAGUAUGGAUGAUAGUUUCUUUAUACGAUCUCCUUCGUUACUCUCACGGACAAAUAGUAGAAGAAGUCACACUCCAUCACCUCACUUAAAUAGAACCUAUAGUCGAUCAGCCGACAUGAUAGAUUCCUUAAAAAGAAGUAUAAGUAGAAUGGGUGCAACAAGCUCAUCACCUGUAGAAACUCCAAAUAUCACUUUAAGUAAACUGAAGAGUCAUAAUUAUACAAAUACAACUACUGUUUCUAGUGACUUAUCAAGAAAUACAAGUCGUAGGAGCACAACUCCAAUUAUAUUUUCUCAAUCCAAAACACGGAAGAAACCACAUCAAAUUGAGAAGAGGCUCGAAUGCUCAUUAGAAGAAUUAUGCUUUGGCGCUACUAAGAAAAUAAAGAUAAAAAGAGAUGUUAUUUCAGAUGCUGGAAUAAUUGUUGAAGAAGAGGAAACUUUACAUAUUUAUGUCAAGCCUGGUUGGAGAAAAGGAACAACGAUAACAUUUGAAGGAAAAGGUGAUGAAAAACCAGGCUAUUUACUUGCAGAUAUCAUAUUCUUGAUAGAUGAAAAAAGGCAUGCUUUAUUUAAAAGAGUAGGUGAUGACUUAGAGUUGGGUGUUGAAAUCUCUCUACUCAAAGCUCUUGUUGGUUGUAGCAUAACCCUGCCAUUACUAGGAGGGAAAAAAAUGUUUUUGCGAGUCGACGACGUAAUAUAUCCAGGAUACGAAAAAGUUAUUCAAGAUCAAGGAAUCCCUAUAUCUAACGAAUGUGGAAAGCGAGGUGACCUAGGACUAAAAUUCAUUGUCAAUUUUCCGAAUAAAUUAAGUGAUGAUAAAUGUAUAAAAAUUUGUAACAUCUUAGAAACUUGUUUUUGA